CCCAGUAGUUUUUCGUGGAAGCUAAAUUUGGCGAUCUAUUUCGUGGCACGACGCCGAUCGCCGGAGAUGAGCGCAGUGCGGCUGAACUUCCGAAGAGCACCUCCCCAACUCCACCAAUCCUUCACCACCGCCGCCGCCGUUAAACCUUGGUUCGCCGCGCCUCCGCCGCCGCAAAAGCGCUACCAAAACGAUCGUGUCGAUCCGAUCCUCACAACCCUUUCAGAAGCCAUAGCCAACAAAUCCUUCCAAGCUUCCCUCAAGAGCCUCCUCCCAUCUCUUAAGCCCAGCCAUAUCGUAAACCUAAUCAAUACUAACCCUAGCUGUCUCUCCCCUUCCUCUCUCUACUCUUUCUUUACAUGGCUCUCCUCUCACCCCUCCCUUUUCCGCCACACCCUCCACACCUACUGCGCCAUGGCCCACUUCCUCUGCGCCCACAAUAUGCUCCCGCAGGCUCAUGCUCUUCUCCGAACCGUUGUUUCCAGAAAAGGAAAGGACUCCGCUUCUGCGAUUUUUGCCUCCAUUCUUGAUUCUAAAGGUACCCUAGAUUCCACUCUUCGGCUUGCCAAUUUCCUUAUCAUUGUUUAUCUUGAUUCCGGUUUUAUUCCCGAUGCAAUUCAGUGUUUUCGGAUUAUUAAGAAGCAUAGGUUACGCAUUCCGUUUGAAGCUUUUUAUCGAGUUAUUGAUCAUGUGAUGAAAAUGAAUCCACCGUUGGUAGCUUGGGGUGUUUAUAAGGAGAUUUUGGAAUCCGGGUAUCCUCCUUGUGUGUAUUGUUUUAAUAUAUUGAUGCAUAGACUAUGUAAGGAAGGAGAAAUGAAGGAAGCUCAUUUGGUGUUUAAUGACAUUGGGAAAUGGGGUUUAAAGCCUAGUGUUGUUAGCUUCAAUACUUUGAUUAAUGGAUAUUGCAGGUUGGGUGAUUUAGAUGCAGGGUUUAGGUUAAAGAGUGUAAUGGAGGACAAUGGGGUCGUUCCUGAUACUUAUACAUACAGUGCUCUGAUCAAUGGGCUCUGCAAGAAGUGCUCAAUGGGUGUUGCAGAUGACCUGUUUGAAGAAAUGUGUGAGAGAGGUUUAGUUCCUAACGGUGUGAUCUUCACAACAUUGAUUAAUGGGCACUGCAAGGCCGGGAGGGUUGAUCUAGCCAUGGAUUUCUAUCAACGCAUGCUCAGACAGGGCGUCAAACCUGAUUUGAUUACGUAUAAUACACUAGUCGAUGGGCUUUCUAAGAGCGGGGACUUGAUCGGAGCACAUAAACUUGUCACUGAAAUGAAUGAAAAGGGUUUAAGGCCUGAUAAAAUUACAUACACUGCACUUAUCGAUGGGUAUUGCAAGGAGGGAGAUUUGGAUGCUGCAUUUGAGGUCCGAAAAGGAAUGGUUGAAAAUGGAAUAGUUCUUGAUGGUGUGUCGUACACCUCCUUUAUUACAGGUUUAUGUCGGCAAGGGAGAGUAUCGGUUGCAGAGAGGAUGCUAAGAGAAAUGUUGGGUGCUGGUAUAAAACCCGACGAUGCAACAUAUACCAUGGUCAUCGAUGGCUUCUGCAAGAAGGGCGAUGUUAAGAUGGGUUUUAAGCUUCUGAGGGAGAUGCAAAGUGACGGGCAUGUGCCUGGAAUUAUAACCUACAACGUGCUUAUGAAUGGUCUAUGCAAGCAUGGUCAAAUGAAGAAUGCCGAUAUGCUCUUGCAUGCUAUGCUUAAUCUAGGCGUUGUCCCAGAUGACAUAACGUAUAACAUUCUGUUGGAGGGACAUUGCAAGCAUGGAAAGUCUGGAAAGUCCAGGAAUGUUGAUAAGCUACGCAGUGAAAUGGGGCUGGUUUUUGACUAUGCGUCAUAUAGUUCACUAAUUAGUAGCUUAAAUAAAAGUUAAGACACCACGAUGACGGACCAUAUGAUGUGUUCGUGUAAAUGGAUUUGCACCUCCAUAAAAUCCUCGACGCCCUGCCCUGCCCCAGAGCGUGGUGAGUGGAACAGAAAACUGC